GGCUGCGGCGGCCGUUAGUAGUUGCUGUUUUUCCCGCCGCGGUUUGAAAUUGGUGGAAGAGGAAAUGGUGGCGGCGAAGCAGGUUCCUCCGGGGCUGGAGCUGUACCUGAAGGAGCACCGGGUCUCCACCUUCUCCCAGUGGCCCUUCGUCUCCGACUGCUUCUGCACGCCAGAGAGGAUGGCAGAAGCUGGCUUCAUUCACUGUCCUACUGAGAAUGCACCUGAUGUGGUACAAUGCUUUAUAUGCUUUAAAGAGCUGGAGGGUUGGGAGCCCGAAGAUGACCCGAUGGAAGAACAUCGGAAACACUCCCCCAAGUGUGCAUUUCUUGCUCUUCAGAAAGACGUGGCUGACUUGACAGUGCAAGAGCUUAUAAAACUUAGCAAAGAGAGAACUAUCAACCUAAUUAAAAAGCAAGUUAACCUGAAAAUCACCGACACAGAAGAAUUUGCUGCUAAGAUCCAUAAAGAAAUCAGUUUGCUGUGUUUGUAAAGCUCUUUGUAUGCCUUCUUAUGAUGUAAGUUAAUUUCCUUACUGACUGUACAGAUGGGCUUCAACAGAAGUUGAAGCUCAAUUGCUCAAUGAAAGAACUCGAGAGUUUCUCCUUUUGGAAUUUUUCUUCAUUUAUUUUUUCCUAAAUAAAUGUUACUGAUUUUCAAUAUA